UUUGCAUGAAUUUGCAUGCUAUUAGCCGCGCUGCCCACCACUUUAUGAAAGCAUCAGCUGUGAGCCCCCAUUGAGAUGGAGUGGCAGAGGUACUGGUGAGAGCGGUAAGAGUACCUUCAUCAAGCAGAUGAGGAUCAUCCACGGCAGGGGCUACACGGAGAACGAUCGUAGGGAGUUCACGAAGCUCAUCCAUCAGAACAUCGUCACGGCCAUGCAGGCCUUGAUCAGAGGCAUGGCCACGCUGAAGAUCAACUAUGGGAACCCAGACAAUGAGGUGCACGUGCUCACGGUGACAUCUCUGGACGUGGAGGCGGUUCGAUCCCUUGGGCCGCGCGAAGUGGCCGCUGUCGCCUCUCUCUGGGCCGAUGGAGGAGUGUUGAAGUGUUUCUCACGCCGUAGAGAAUUCCAGAUCUCUGACUCGGCCAAAUACUACCUGGACGCGCUGUCCCGUGUCUCCGCUCCGGACUACGUUCCGACAGAGCAGGACGUCCUCCGAGUCCGCGUCCCGACCACAGGAAUCAUCGAAUAUCCCUUCGACCUCAAGAACGUCGUCUUCCGGAUGGUGGACGUGGGUGGACAGAGAAGUGAGCGGAGGAAAUGGAUUCACUUUGAGAACGUCACCUCCAUCCUGUUCCUCACUGCCCUCAGCGAGUACGACCAGGUGCUGGCCGAGAGCGACUUCGAGAACCGUCUGGAGGAGAGCAAGUCGCUGUUCCGCCUGAUCGUCUCUUACCCGUGGUUCAGCGAAUCUUCGGUGAUUCUGUUCCUCAACAAGAACGACCUCCUGGAGGAGAAGAUCUCACACUCACACCUCGCUGAUUACUUCCCGCAGUUCAGCGGACCCAGGAAGGACGCGGAAGCCGCCAGACAGUUCAUCCUGCAGAUGUUCCUGGAUCUCAACCGGGAGGGGGAGCAGGACGACUACGAGGAUGGAGGAGGCGGCGGCAGACACGAGGAGAAGACCAUCUACUCCCACUUCACCUGCGGAACGGACACCAAGAACAUCCGCCGCGUCUUCGAAGGCGUCAAAGACACCAUCCUGGAGUGGAACAUCAAACGCAUGGGCCUAGCGUAGGCUCGGCUAGGCCCGUGCGUUAACCUCACCGUGAACCCCCCCCACCCACACUGCUAGUCCUCAACCCCACCCACCACUCCACCCGCACGGCCAUCGCGAAAC